GCUCGCAGACGUACCCAACCCCUGGCCGGUGGUGGAGAAUCAUUGAUGAAUACAAAGUGAAUAUAUUUUAUGUGAACCCAACGGACAUUAGAAACCUUCGCUCAUUUGGUGACCAAUACGUCAAUGAAUACCCAAUGAAUGACUUGAAAGUGAUUGGAGUGGUCGGUGAGACCAUUGAUAACCAGACGUGGGACUGGCUCUACGAAAAGGUCGGACGUAAACGCUGUCCAAUAAUUAACACAUAUUUCCAAAGCGAAACGGGCUGUCCCAUAAUAUUUGCAAUCCCUGGUGUUAUUCCUGUAAAGCCUGGAUCUGUUUCGUUGCCAUUCUUUGGUGUUCAGCCCGUUAUUAUCGAUGAAAAUGGAAGUGAAUUAGAAGGUGAAGGCAGUGGUACUCUUGUCUUAAAAAGUGCCUUUCCAUCCAUUGCAAGAACCCUUUACUCCGAUCACAAUCUCUAUGAAAAGACAUAUUUC